CCGUACUACUCAGCAACCAAAGUGUUUGCUUUGGGUUCGGAGUUUCGGCCCAUUUUUACAGAGCUCGUUACUUCCUCACUUUCAUAUUUUUAACACAGCUCUUCCCGCCAAGAUCUAUCUUUCAAGUGGGGAGCUUCCAACAUGAUGAAGGUCCUCUUGUACACAUUGGCAUGCCUUGCCUUGCUCUUGGUCCCUGGUGUUAGGGCUACAAAUGUACCUUGUACGGACAAUGCCUGGUGUAUCGACAACUUGCAUCACAGCUCCGAGUGCGUCGACGGCUUCUGCUCCAAUCCGUUCUAUCAAAAGGGGUGUCUUGCGCAGCGUGUUCCCAACUGGCAUCGCGUCAGGACUUGCAACUCGGAAGACCCACCCGAUGCUGUCGCUAAGGGAUAUUGCCAAGUGUCUGCCUUUGACUACCCCGAGAUCAGGAUUCACGCUCAGAAUUGGGAAUCGAGCUUCUUUGGGACAUGGAUCUUGACCAUCCUGUUAAGUGAGCUACUGGAUGUGCCAGUGUCGGUCGAAGCGGGCGUGGUGGACACGCACGUCCACUUGUACGAUAUGAUGUCUCGCAUCGAGUACGGGUCCAACGCGGACUGGGGGGGCACCAUGCGCAACGCCCUAGCGACGAAUGGAGAUUGCCGUCCUUAUGCCAACACUGGCAGCAGCGACAAUCCCGAAGAGUACCAGCCGUGUUCUCACGUCAUGCCAGAGACGUGGAUCGGUGCCCUCGGUCGGGCGGGAGAUGUCUUUGAAACGGGUGUGGCCGAGAAACCCAUGGCAUUGGGAGCUCUUGGCGGCGACUACUGGUAUGUCCCAAAGUUUACGGGUGCACGGUAUCCUGAAUUCCUCAGUUACGUUGGCCUGCAGGGUGAUGAAGCCCGAAAGAAGCUGGCAGACAUCUUCAAGAGGCCAGCGACCUGGAAGGACUACUGCGACGAGGUCUCGGAGAGCAAUUGCCAAGAAGACGAUGGUGUCGCUACGCGCCCUCCCGAGACUGAAGACGAAGAGAUGGCAAUGUUUGCGGAAGGAGAAUACACGGGUCACUUUCGCAAAACGGAUGCCAACGACUGCGUCAAGUACCCGCACAAUUGCACAGGCCAUUUUGCCGACUACCCUUGCGGUUGGACCACACCCGCGCAACAGCAGGCUUACCACCUAGACAUUGGGCUGGAAGUUGUGACCACUUACACGUACUCCCAGCUUGUGCAAAUUUGGGCCGCUGCAAAUGCCACGCAGAGUGAUGUGAUGGUCUUCUGGUGGGAACCAGACAGCAUGCCACAGCUCUAUUAUGGAACGGAUGCACAGCACACUCGUGUUUCCCUGCCACAGCCGACCCAAACAUGCUACGACAAUCGAGCCAAUGCCGCUGACCGAUGUGGCGAUGACUAUGAGAAGAGAAUUGGUUCGCCUCUUGGCGACUGUGACACGGCUCCCCAAUCACUGAAAAAGGUCGUUUCCACAACGGUUCGCGACAUGUCACAAAACCCGGAGAUACCCGAAGAGUUGUGGAGUCCAGCAUUCGAGGCCAUUUCAGCAUAUGAAAUCUCAACCCUGCAACUGCAAGACAUUUUCGAAUUGUGGUAUGGCAAGAAUCUAGACCGAUGGGGUUACGAUCCAAGGGAUGCAGUCUGCGAAUGGAUUGUGGAUAACUUGGAGUUGGUGCAAUCGUUUGCGCCGCCAACACAUCCCAGGAAGAUACAAGAAGCGCCUGCGGAGAGCCUCGCUCUGGCAGCCCAAGGGCUUAGUUACUUCAUGAUGGCAGUCUUGGUCGUGACAAUGGGCUUGACAUGGUUGUGGAGGUCGAAAGCUACUAUAUGCAUCGCUCAGCUUGAGUGCAUACUGAUAUUGGAGAUUGGCUUGUUCUUGGUGGCGGGAGCUGCACUUGCAUCCGCAAUAUCACCGUCGGAUGCCUCUUGUCAAGCAGUACCCUGGCUGGCCAACAUUGGGUACUGUCUGGUGCUGAUCCCAACAGUCGCCAGGGUAGAUGCCAUCAUUCGAUUGUCGGCUGCGGGGAAACACAUGCAACAUCUCCGGCUUUCCCAGAAGGUGCUCUUUGGUACCGUUGGUUUGGGCGUUUUGGUGGCAGCAACGUACUGCGUGAUCUGGACCGUCGUUGAUCCUAGAUCGAUAGCUUUCCAAUACCAAGUGCUUGGCGAAGAGAACGAAUUCGGAGAGAAUCUUGUCAAAGAAACGGACUAUUGCUCCUCAGAAUCACUGGCCUGGUAUGCAAUCAGUGUUGCUUGGCCUGGGUGUUUGAUUCUCUUUGGUCUGAUUGUCAACUUCAUGAACAGUCGAGCACCAGACGGUAUCAACGACACAAAGGUGCUCUCAGCGUUGCUCAUUUCCCAUUUCAUCUUUGUGGUCUUGCGCGUUCUUGUUCUCAACCUCAAUGGAGCGGUGAAUGCAACAAGACUUGCUGAUUACAGCAGCCUCGUUCUGUUGGGCGAUUGUGCGGCAACGUUGAUGAUAUUUGUCUUUCCCAAAGUGUUGGGGAAGAGUGGAGCUUACGAUACCAAGGACCCUCUCCCUGAUAUCUUUCUUAGCUCAUCCAUUAUGAAUGCCGAGAUUGUUGGUUUUGCUGGGUGGAGCAGUGUGAGAGAGCCAGUCCAAAUCUUCAAGUUCUUGGAGAGAAUGUGGUGUGAAUUCGACUCGAUUGCCAAAAAGCACUCGGUCUUCAAGGUCGAUUCUGGCUCCGAUACUUAUGUUGCUGCAACUGGUAUACCUCGAAAGCAAAGCGACCAUGCCGAAAAGCUGGCUUUGUUCGGAGCCGAAUGCUUGGCUCGUUUUUACGAGUUGGCGCAAGAGCUCGAGGUGCAGUUCGGCCCAGACACGAGUGAUUUGGAGCUCCGCAUCGGAAUACACAGUGGAAAGGUUACGGGAGGGUAUCUUCAGGGUAUGAGUACGCGGUUCAAUCUGUUUGGUGAAACGUGUAACACAGCCAAUGAUAUGGGGGCAAGCAGCGAAGCCGGUCGAAUCCAGGUUUCUGAAUAUACUGCUAGACUCCUUACGAAUGCCGGGAAGAAACAUUGGCUGGCACAAAGGGAUGGAAGUGUGUCCUCUAGAGUUGGUCAAUCGGAAGUCACAACGUAUUGGUGCAGACCUGACAAUCACCGCGAGAAUCAGAAUCUUUCGCCCACCGCAGAGGCUGACCUCGAAAGAGGUACCAUCGGAGGCCUUCGGAACAUUACCAACGAGAAAUCAGCUGCUGAGAAGCGCCGUCGGUUGGUGGAGUGGAACGUUCAGGUUCUCCUCAACCUGCUGAAAGAAGUUGUCCGAAGCAAACAACACCAAGCUGCGGUGAGGAAGCAAAAGUCACGUGCACAAGGAACACUAUUAUCGUCAGCCAGCAUUGUCUCAUCUCCGAUGACAAGCAGUAAAGCUGAUUCUUCCGAUGAUAGCAGUUGUGACCUCACCCGGCCACUGGAUGGCGUGAAAGAGGUGGUGGACUUCCCCGAGUUCAGUAGGCGGAAGGCAAGGCUUCAGAAAGGCCGUAGCACUGUGUUCAUCCCGCAGGUGGUUGUGGACCAACUCCAUGAAUACGUCACCUGCAUAUCUGAUCUGUACAAAGACAACCCCUUCCAUUCAUUUGAUCAUGCCUCUCAUGUUGUCAUGGCAACUCUGAAGUAUACGAAUCGAAUCAUUUCAGCCUCUGAGUUACAGGAGGACAAUGACGAUGCCAUGUCAUCUGGCAAUGGCCCAACAGCAGCCCAAGUCCACGACCACACCUAUGGAAUCUCCAGUGAUCCCUUGACCCACUUCUCCUUUGUAUUUUCCGCACUGAUUCAUGACGUGGACCACCCUGGCGUCCCAAACCAACAAUUCUGCAAAGAAGACCCCGAAUUAGCAAAUCUUUACUUCCAACGAUCUUUAGCAGAACAGAACUCAUUCGACUUGUCGUGGAAUCUGCUGCAAGAGUCUCGCUUCUCUGACCUCCGCAAGUGCCUCUUUGCAAACAGAGGAGAGCAAAAGCGUUUCCGACAACUUGUCAUCAACCAAGUAAUGGCCACCGACCUCGGAGACCUUGAAUUGAAAAAUCUUCGGCAGGGACGAUGGGAGAAAGCCUUUGCUGCACAGGAUUAUCCUGGAGACCAAAAGAUUGACAGCAUAGUGCAACAGGUAGAAUCCCGGAACCGAAAGGCAACCAUCGUCAUUGAGCACUUGAUUCAAGCCAGUGAUGUUUCACACACAAUGCAACAUUGGGAGAUCUACCGUGAAUGGAAUGAGAAGCUCUUUAUGGAGAUGUACGCCGCGCAUCGCAAUGGCCGUGCCUCUAAGGACCCAAGUGAUUUCUGGUAUGAAGGGGAACUGGGCUUCUUUGACUUCUACGUUGUUCCACUCUCGAAGAAGCUAAAUGAAUGUGGUGUCUUUGGUAUUUCGUGCGAUGAGAAUCUGAGCUACGCAUCCUCAAAUCGUGACCUGUGGGUCAAGCGAGGAAAGCAAGCAACGGAAGAGAUGAGGAAGAAAGCUGAAGCACUGUGGGGAAACAGCGGCAGCAGCAAGAUUGAUGUUGUGCAGGCUGCACCAGAGGCAUACAAAGAUGAUACUACAACGGCGGAAAUGGAAGGUUCGGGGUGGGGAAUCAGCGGCAGCAGCAAGCUUGAGGUUUUGCAGGUUGAACCAGAGGCAUUCAAAGAGGUUGAACCAGAGCCCUUCAGAGAUGAUGAUGCAACGACAACUCCGGAGGGCCACAUGGAAUGUUCGGGGUGGUUGUAGGGGAGGCCUCCUGAAGAGGAUGUUGUACUUGGCAAUAGUACUUCCUAGAGCUAAGACUACUCUAUGAAUCGUUUUAUUUCAUGACCUGUCCAGCUACAUGUAC